AUGGUUUUGACAAGAAAAGUGAACAAAGUUCUUCGAAUUCGGGUAGAUGAAAGAGAAGGUUUUCUGCAGAAGGAGAGGAUAUUAGUGGAUGAAAAGGUUGAAAUCGUGAUGGCAUUGGAGGACGAGUUCGGGUUCGAAAUUCAACUUCAGGACUCCGACAAGCUCAAAUCCAUUCGCGAUGCAUUCAAGUACAUCUGCGAAAGAGAAGAUGUCUACGAGUAG